GAAAGUGCUAAUGCAAUAGAUGUCCACUCAUUGGCUGUGGAAGUAGGUGUCUGUUUGCAGGAAAUGACAAAGGACAUCCACCUACAACGUAUCUGUUUCUGUGCUGCCUUCAAAUCUUGGUUGUAACGUGGUGUUAGUUACUGGUAUGACAUGCAUGAGAAGUGCUUUAUUCGGCUUUUGACAUUUUUUGGUGUGCUCUCAUCAACAAAUGGACUAAAAUGCGGAGAAACAUGUAACAGCACCACUGUCAGCGUUACUCUGGGCUCAAGCGCGUCGCUCCCAUGCCUCCUUCAGAAAACGAACCAAACAGACGAAGCAACAUGGAGCCAGAAUUCCAGCCUCCUGAGCAUCAGGCCUGAGGGAAACGUCACCUUUGAGGAUCCCAGAGGUGGCAGAGUGGUAGUGUUCCCCUACCUGUUUAACAGAGGAAACUUCUCCAUCCUCAUUCAUAAGCUGCAGGCCUCUGACGUGGGCACGUACUGCUGCAGACUAAGCCAGGAGUGCCACAGAGUACAGCUUUCGCAGAGAGAUGUACAGGGGGGAGGUAAGGCCACAGGUUGGACUUUACAAUGGUACUAUAUUGUUGCUGGAAUAGGAGGCGUCAUUCUGCUCAUGAUAGCAUGUAGCCUCGCCUUUGAAUUCAGAGGAAUGUGUCUAAAAAGAUCAACAGAUUCUUAUUACGUCAACUCGCCAGAAAUCCAGGGAGCCGAGAACAAAGAGAGAACAGCGCGUAACACAGAGAGAGAGGAAAGUGACGGUCACUAUGAAGACAUGGACGGAGAGGCACAUGGGGAGGAUUAUGAAAACAUGCAAGGAGAAGAGCGUGACAGCCGAAACGAAGAUACAGACGGAGACGAGGACAAUUAUGUAAACGCUGAAAGGGGACCGUGUGAAGGCCAGUAUAGUGGUUCUGAGAGGGCAGAACCCGAUAGGCACCAUGGACAGACAGGUCACCGUAGUAAUACAACUGUCUAUGAAAAUGAUGAGCAUGAUCCCCGCUCUGUUCGGAUAAGGCCACAACCUCAAAACAAUGCUUUCAGAGAAAUACCUGAUCAGUCAAGCUCAAGUCCAUCAUACUAUGCCAACCAGUCAGAAAUCUACAAGCCCAGCAGUGCUGGCAAGAGGAAAAAACAACGCAAGAGAAAAACACAAUCAGCUCCUUCCGAAUAUCAGUUCAGAAAUCCAAUAUACGGAGACAGCAGUAUGGUGCCCAGAACAUAGACACUCCUGUUGGAAUUAAUUGAAAAUAAGGCUGUAGUUUAAGUAUUAUAUGAUGAUAAUUAUUAUUCCAGUGCAUUUGUAAGGGCAAAAAAAUAACUCUGCCGCAAUCUGAGUGCUCUCUAUCCUGACUGGAAAGACCGACUUGGCCCCAGUCAACACCACCGAUCUUCCCAGCAUCAUUAUGACUGAAGACCUAAGCCCUGCCCAACCCUAGCUGCCUGGAUCUCACUCUGCAUCCAUGGGUUGUCACCGUCUGUGCUGGCUAGCAUGAGCAUCUGUCAUUGAUUGUCCAUUCUCCUCUAGAU